UCUGUUUGUAACUAGUGUGCAAUACCAGCGACUGCAGUGAGAGAGCUAGUGUCUCAUAUUAUCUUCCUCCCGCUCAUCAUUUUCUCAUCGAUCAUCAUCUCUGUUCAUCUCAUACACUUGCUCACGUUUACAUACGUAAAAUAAAAACAAUAAAAGUAAUAAAAAAAAAAAAAAUAAAAAAAAAUACCAGGGUAGGACUCUGCUGGGACUUGUCCGACUCGUCAAUGUACAUCAGUGACUGUCGGGCUUUUUUUUUAAUGGUGCAAGUUAAAUAAUUAUUAAUUGUCCUUUGACAAUUAAAACAUUAUAAUUAUGGAAAAAAGCUAACACUAGAAAAAUGCAUUAAAAAAAUAAAUGUCAUCUAGUUAAUAAAAUUUGCCUUAAAAUAUUUAAAAAAUUUUUAAAUAAUUAAUUCAAGUAAAAGUAACAAAAGUUUUCUCUUAAUACUUUUUAUCAAAGCCGCUUACUAAAUUAAUUAUUUAUUUAUUUUUUUAAAAAUAAUUAAAGUGGAUUUAAAAUACUAAAAUUUAAAUUGCUAUGGCGAUGAUAGAAGAAUUUAAUUAUUUAUGUCGUCUGUGUGCUGCCAAGACAGGAAUAAUGAUGAUGGGACUGUCGAUAUUUGAACCUGGUGAAAGAUUGCGAAAUAUUGAAGAAAAAAUCGCCGCUUGUUUGCCAGUACGAGUGUCAAGGUGCGAUGAUCUCCCUAAAAUAAUUUGCCAGCCAUGUGCCUAUAAAUUAGACGAACUUUUUGAUUUUCGUGAAAAAUGUUUGCAUACUGAGAGAUUAUUCAUGGAUAUGCUGAAGGAAAUAAAGACCGAGUCGAUUAAUAUCGUCGAUAAUUCCCUGGCAGGUGUCGAUGAGAUAUCAAGUGUCAUACAAACAGACAUCGAUGCUCUGCACAAUCAUAGUCACAGUCAUAACCACAAUCAUAACCAUCUCCAGCACCAGCACCAUGAUAUUGAUGAUAUAAGUAGCAUGCAAAAUGGUAUUGAUGAUUUGCAGACACAAGACUGUACUGCAAGACAUGCUGAGAGUGCUACUGAAGCGAGGAGUAUGCACUCGAUGAGAGUUAUGGACGACAUGGAGCUCGCUGGAGGUGAGCAGGUUGUGAGUCAAGAAGAAAUUACCCCUCAAGAGACUCUUGAGGUCACAGGAAUGGAGUGUCUUGAUGAACACAUGCAUGAAGUGUCCAAUCAUCAGAUAGCGAUACAUUUAGACGGAGAGAUGACUGUCGUUGGUAAUUUGACAGUGGAUAAUCAUCUGGGAAUAAAUUACGUGACAGCAAUAGUUCCGGAGCCGCAGAAUGGAGAGCAGAUUCUUCACUACUGCGAGAAUGUUAAAUACGAGGGAGUUGAUGUUAAGGAAGAGUAUCGAAGACUGCAAGAUCACUUGACUGGUGAUGGUACUGCGACGGGUAAUAUUCAGGCGAAUGCUACGGUUGAGAGCUUUGCUGAGGCUGUUGCUGCUGCCGUUGCCGCUGAGAGUGAAAAUGGGGUUGACAGUGCGCUGAGCUCGCAGAUCCCGGAAGCGGAGAUCCAUGUUAACACGAUGCCGUCCACGAGUCAGGAACCAAAGCCGGUUGACUUGGUAGAGUAUACAAAAGAAUCAAAAGACAGUUUAAUUGAAAACGUCAUCAACAAUCCGACGAUUGACGCGACUGGUGCCAACUGGUACAUCUGUCCAUUUUGUAAUGAAGCCGCAAAUGAACCGGCUAGUCUACUUGACCACUACGACCAGCACUUUUGUUCCUGCUCAUGCGGGACCUACUUCAUCAGCAUUGAGGAGUUUAACCAGCAUGAGCAACAGUGUUCUUUUUUAAAUGAUUCAAAGUCUCCGAUAGAAAAUGGGGAGGAUGAGUUGUCAGCUGGUGAAUCUGUUCCAGCUACCGGCAACAAUGUAAUAGAUCUUGCUGACAUUGAUGCUGGUGUCGGUAACGCUGACACCGAAGCCGAGGGAAAUGAAAAAUCACAAUCUGGCGUGCGACAAAAAUGGAUUCCCAAGAUUUGUUCCCAGUGUGGGAAACAGUAUCGGACAAAUUAUAAGCUCCAGGAACACAUGCGCAAGCAUACAGGGGAAAAACCGUUCCAAUGUGAGCUGUGCGAAAAAGCGUUUCGCAGCAAAAUUGGUCUGGCCCAGCACACCGCGACCCACACAGGACAGUUUGACUACAGCUGUUCGACCUGCGGCAAAGGGUUCCAAUGCAAGAGUUACUUGAUCGUUCACCAGCGAGUUCACUCAGAUUUAAAGCCCUAUCCCUGCGAGACUUGUGGCCAGAAUUUCAAGACCAAGCAGUCGCUGCUGGAUCAUCAGAACCGUCAUCUAGGUGUCAAACCCUACAUGUGUGAAAUUUGCGGGCGUGGUUUUAUAACGAAAGGUCUCUGCAAAAGUCACCAGAGGAUACACUCGGGUACCGAUAAUCGUCAGUAUCCAUGCAAAGUAUGCAAUAAAAUGUUCGUAAGUAAAAGUUACUUGAACACGCAUCUUCGUAUCCACACAGGAGAGAAACCUUAUCUCUGUGAAGUUUGCGGUAAAGGUUUUCUGACGCGCGUUGAUUUACGUAUACACUCAACGAUGCACACAGGAGAAAAAAGUUUCAAGUGUGAAAUGUGUAAUAAAGUAUUCGCCAGACGCGCGGCUCUCAGGUGCCACAGAAGAUCACACACGGGCGAGCGACCCUACAAAUGUGACGUCUGCGGAAAAACUUUCACCCAGUUUAGUCCAAUGGCUAUUCAUAAGCGGUUACAUACCGGUGAACGGCCUUACCAGUGUGAUAUUUGUAAUAAAACUUUUAUUUCAAAGUCAACGAUGAUGUGCCACAGGAAGAAGCAUCGCGUACCCAACGACAAUGACUCUACCGCGGAAAAAGAUAUUGCCAGUGGUAACGAUGACUCGGCAAAUGAUAUCGUCAUUAACGUCAAUGUCAUUGAGACUCCUGACGGAAUUGAAAUUCAUGCAGACUGAUUUUUUACAUACCCUUUGUCAUGUUGAUUUAAUUAUUGCUAUUAAUUUAUUAUUUUUACUGUAUAUUCUGCGGCGAGAGAUAAAACGCGAUUUCAGACCUGGUUGCGGUUUACUGCCGCGACAUCGAGUCUGAAGUCGCAAUUUAAAUGUCGCAUGAUAUAUUUACCAUAAUUACCUGCAUUGGAACUUUAAUUUCAGUUUAAAUGUCUGCAGUCAGUGGCGACGAGCCAGAGCUGGAAUUUAUUUAGCGGUCAUGGACUAAAAGUUUUUUUACUGGAAAAAAAACUGAUGAUUUUAAACCCGCUAAAUUUUAUUGCUUUUAAAUUAACUGGCUCCAGACAUUAAAACUUAUUUUCAAUGCGGAUGAUGAGAAAAAAAUAACUUAAAGUUUAGAGUUAUUUAAGACUUUAAAAAAUUUUGGCGACUUAUAUUUUAAAAUGGUUGAGUAUUAUUCAAAGAUCGAUAAUAAAAUCGAUUAAAAGUUCUGACUAGGGUAAAUAAAUAAUUUAACAGUUAUAAAUUUAAUAUAUUUUAAAAUAUUACGUCCAAUAUUAAAUUUGAAUAUUUAUAGGAUUUAAGUAAUGAGUAAAAAAUUCAAAGUUAAAUUUCAGAUAAAUUAUAAAAAAAAAAAAAUUGACAAUUAUUUAUUGAAUCUGAUUUUUUAAAAUGUAUAUUAAAAUUAUUUCUAAGUUCUAUGAAUUAAGUUACGGGUAUUAAAUAUGAAAAUUAUUUGUAUGAAAAAUUUUUAUUGAUUGUAAAAAAAAAAUUAAUAAGAGCCAGAGUAAAUUUUUUUUAGUCUUAAAUAUACAAAGACUUGAUAUAAUCAUAAUAGCAGUAAACAAAAAAAAUUAAUAAAUAUUUGCAUUUAAUUGCUCACGUGUAAUUGUUUCGUUUGUACGUCACGUGACUUGAUCCAGUACGAAUUUGCCAGAUUUUUUUUCAAUUAAAAAUAAAUACUGUUAUAAUUAAACACUAAUAUUAAAAAUUAAUCUCAUGAUAAUAUGUAAAAAAAAAAGUAUAUAUUCUAGGUGUAAAUAAGUUUUGAGUGAUAGUUGCUGAUGAAGAUUUAAUAAUUAAAUAAACAAUAUUUCGCGUAAGAUGUACUAUAAGAUUAUAAUCAAUUGUGUGAUCGAUUUUUUUACGGAUUUUGACAGUGCGAAAUUAUUUUUUUAUAUGAAAAAAAUAGCUGUUUAUAAUAAAUAUUUAUCUAGAUCUCUAAAUAUGAUUUUAUAUUGGUAUUUUUAAAACAAAAUAUUUUUUGUUUAAAUGUAAUUAAGUGGAUUGUAUAUUUUUAAAACGGCUAUAAUCUUCUAGUACGCGCGAACUAUCUAUAAUU